AUGAUGCGACCGCCGGCGCCGCGCGCGAAGCCGACGAAGGACGCCGCCGGUGGGGCGGCCCCGGACGUCGAGCCCGCCGCGCCGAGCGCGGACGCGCGCGAUCGCGCGUCCGCGCCGCCGCUCGGGAAGACGUACGACGCGCCCGCGUGGGGCGGGGCGCCCGCGCGCGAGUUUUAUCUCGAUUGCGUCAAGGGCGGCGCGUUGGCGUCGAGGACGCGACUGGACCGAGGCGAAGGCGAAGACGCGCCGCGAGGACACGUGACGUUCGGAAGGCAUCCGGCGUGCGACGUCGUCGUCGAACACCCGUCGACGUCACGUUUGCAUUGCGUGAUUCAGUUCAAGGCGAACGGGACAGAGGCGUACGUGUACGAUUGCGAGAGCGCGCACGGGACGUUUGUGAAUAAGCGACGCGUCAAGCCGGGCGUGCACGCGCCGAUUCGAGUCGGCGAUCAGAUCAAGCUCGGCGAGUCGAGUAGAUUGUAUAUUUUAGACGGCGAUGAGAGCUUGAUGCCAGAGGAAGGGCUGAGUGCGGCAGAGAUGAAGGCGUUAGCGGCGUUGGAAGCCGCGGCGGAGGCUGAGAUGCAGCGCGAACUGGCGGCGUUGAAGGCGGAACGCGCGGCGGCGCGCGAACAAGAGGCUGCGGCAAAGGCUGGGUCGUCUUGGGGGAUGAUGGAUGCCGAUGACGAAAUCAACGAGCGUCAACGCGCGAUCGAAGAGCUGGAUUGGCGCACGCACGAUGGGAAAUUUAGCGAUAAACAGGAAAAGCAAAAGCAAAACAUUCGGCGCAAGGAGGAAAAGAUCUCAAACAUGCGCCUAGAAGUCGAUCGAAUUCGAGCCAAGGAGUCGCAGCAAGACGGUGGGCUAUCGUCCGGGCAAUCGACGCGAAUAUCUGCGGUCGAGCGCGCGAUCGAGACGUUGCAAGAAGAGAUCGAGGACGCCGAUGAGACGCUCAACGAAUCGUUGCGCGUGAGUUUGGGUUUGCAAGCUGCGGUGUCCAAGCGACGUCGGGGCACGCGAGCGAACUCGGACGACGAAGACGGUCAGAGUGGAGAUGAAGACGACUUUUACGACCGUUCGCGGACGAGCGCGAGUCGUAAGCGUCGAAAAGAGUCGAAGAAAGAAUCCACGCAAGGCGCGGCGGCACCGAAAACGCUAGAGACGGCGGCUACGUUGUGGGACAAGCGCACAGCGAUUGAGACGUCGAUCACGGAAACGGAAGAACUCAUCAAAGUCACCGAAGAAGCCGCGCUCGCCGAACGUCAGCGCACGGCGGGACUUUCGGCAGACGGCGACGCGUUGGAUGCGUACAUGGACGAAAUUGGCGCGUCGAAAUUCACGUCUCAAGUCGAGAGAUUACGCGUGACGCUCUCCGAAAAAGUGUCUGAACUCGAGCGAGUGUCUCGACUGUUGAAGUACGCCGACCCAACCGAGGAAUUCCGUCCUGGAUCGGCCAAAGGAGACGCCAUGCGGAAACACGCCGAGGAGGCGGAGGCGAAACGCGCCGAGGAGGCAAAACGACGCGCCGAAAUCGCCGAAGCGAAGCGAGCGGAAGAACUCGAAGCGCGCAAGAAACGUGACGCAGAGAUGCGACGGCAAGCGGAAUGGGAAGAGCAAGGUAACUUGCAAGAGAAGCGAAAGUUCACGGGAGGCGUCGAUCCCGCCUCAACGUCGGCGCCGGCGAAAGCGAAAGCCGCCGUCGUCGAAGAUGACGCCGAUAACGCCGAUAACGCCGAUGACGAAGGCCCAGUGAUCGUCGAAGACGUCGAACAACGAGUCACACCGACCGAGCGCGAGAUUGAAGCACAUACCGCCGCUGAGACUGAACCCGUGGUGCGCGACGACGAUGACGGUUUCUUGAUGCCGCAUCAAGUGCGCGCCGGCUUGGAAAUUCGCAAACCCCCAACCAAAGCCGCGCCAUCACACGCGGCCGCACCAUCCGCGGAGGAUACCGUCAUGUCAGACAUCCAGCGCCUUCUUGAUGCCUCCUCGGGCGCGAGAUUCGACGCCGAAGCCGCCGCCGACGAUUCCGACUGGACCGCCCCGGCGAACCAAUCCGGCGACGGCGCGAGCGCGCUCAACAAAAAGCUCGGCUACUGA